AUGUAUGUCGUGAAGCAGGAAGGGCGGACGGAGACGGUGCACUUCGACAAGAUCACAGUGCAGCUCAAGAAGCUCAGCUAUGGGCUCAGCCAAGAGCACUGCGACCCCGUGCUCGUCGCACAGACGGUCUGCGUAGAAGGAGGAACGAUCAUGGGAAAGCCCAUAGAAGAUGUCAAGAAAUUACUUGAUGAUAUGCAAGAGAACCAUGCCCAAUGGCAUGUUGAAAGAACCACCACUAAAAGGAUGAAUGCCAUGGAAGAAAGUAGCAUGGAGUUAACAACCAAACUUGAAGAACUUAUCUCCGUGAUGAAAGGUAAAGAAGAGGUACUUGAAGGAAGAUCCAAGAAUAUGGAGGCUCAAAUAGCUAAAAUAGCAUAG